AUGUAUGUAAAGAAGUUUGAUCUUAUUUGUAACAGGCAAGACUGUCCAAAUGGAAAACUGACCAAAGACAAAUUUGUAGAUCUAUAUAAAAUGUUCUUUGCAUGGGGCCAACCUGAAAAAUUUUGUGAACAUGUUUUUCGAACUUUUGACAUGGAUGGGAAUGGGUACAUAGAUUUUAAAGAAUUUCUUCUAGCUUUAGCAAUUACAUCAGAAGGCUCAAUGCAAGAGCGUUUAAAGUGGGCAUUCAGAAUGUAUGAUAUUAAUGGUGAUGGGCACAUAGAAAAGCCUGAAAUGACACUUAUUGUCCAGGCAUUGUAUGAAAUGCUUGGUCCUGCAGUGAAAAAUUUGCCUGUGGAUACACCAGAACAACGGACACAGGUCAUCUUUGAUAAGAUGGACAGUAACAAAGAUGGAUGCCUCACUCUAAAGGAGUUUCUUAAUGGUUGUUUGGAAGAUCCUACACUUGCAGUAUUACUUAAUGUCAAUCCAAUGGAGCAGUGAAAAAUGUAAAUUGAAACGUGGAUUCUUCAAAACAUUUUUUAGAUACAAUGUACAAAUCACUUGUUUGACAUGUGUGAUAGAUCGCUAGGAAUAUGUUACUAGUUCCUGCUUAUAAAUCUAUAUUACAGAGGUUGCAGCUGAAUGAUAGAAGUCCUCCAUUAUUCUGUGUCAUAAGUCAUUAUUAACAGAUUAUUCGUUAUAUUAUUUAUUAAUAAACUUAAAAGAUUCUCCAGCAUUGUACGAGACAGGUUUUUGCAGGGAUGAGAAUUGGCCACUAUUUGGUAUAUUUCUGCCGUUUCUAUUUGUAAAUUGACCAUCCAUCAAAUUCAUUAAAAUCUGGUGAGAAAAAUGUACAGUGUUGGAGCCAGAGACAAAAUACUAGUAGGCUUAAAACAAUUAUGCCUUGUCUACCUUGAUGUAUAUACUAGACUGAAAUUGAUAAGUAAGGCUCCUUUUAACUCACUGAUUGACAAAUGACUAACCAGUUGCAACAUGUUUCUUUGAAGACAGAGAUAUCUGAACACUGCAGACAUUCAAAAACACAUUAAAAUGCAAUGGUGGGUGACCUAAAGGGAUCAACAUAUAGGUACACUUUAAAUCUUUUACAGUCUGUCUUAAUGAUGUGUGCUUUUCAACCACUUGUUUAAAAUUACAUUACAUUGAAUAGCCACUUUUCUUACAUUGGACACUGUUUUUAUGUAUGAAACUAUUUAAAUAAAGUUUAAAUUGAUGGAAAUGGGCAUGAUCUGAUGAAAGUUGGGGCAGAAGGUAUACAACAAAAUUUCAAAAUUGUUUUCAAUGAUUAAAAAAAUUUUGCUACAGUUGAAAACAGGUUUAAAUUUUUUUUACUUUCACAGUUUUCAAAAUUAUUUUCAGUCUCAUAAAUUAUACACAGGAGAGUGAAAUUGUGGAACUAGGAGCAUUUCAGACACACACAAAAUCACUUAACACCUAUGUAUUUGUCGUAAGUUUUUUUUCAGGUAAAUGGAAGAAGUAUACCUAUAUAUCUUCUUAAAAAACUGAGUAAAUUAUUGGUCAGAAAUUUGCCCUAGUGGAAAUUGAUUUUUACAAAACAAAGUUUUGCCUUAAUAUUUCCUGAAAUAAACAGUUUGUAGUUAACAGGUCUAAUUUUUGCAAUCAGAAGCACUUGAUUGUAUUACCUGUUUAAAUAUUUCAUCAAAUGACCAGCUUGCACUUUAAUUGGUAGUUUUGAUAAUUGAAAUUGAGUUAAAAUUACAAAAGUCCAGUUUACUGAUCAUCUUAACAGUAAAUAAGGUGAAUAUUUAAUGCCUAAAAAAUGCCUAGAAUACGCCAGAGAGCAUAUAGAUCCCUGUGACCUAGCCUUUAAGGGUUGAAACCUAGGACCAGCACAAGCAUUUAUUAUUUGCUAUUCUCAUCCCUGUUUUGGAAAUAUGCUGUACUGAAAAAUUCUGUGUUUUAUCAAGCUGUAUUGUGAAUUUCUGUUGGCUGAAUAAAGUAGGAAACACUGUCUUGUAAAGAAUUUUUAUUGAUUGCUUCAUAGCUGAUUGCCAUAAAUUUUUGGCAACAAAUGAACAACUGGUAUCAUUCAUGAUGUCUAAUAACCUCUUUUUUGACCUAAUGAAGUGGAAAAUAGUUCUUUAUGUAUAUAUAUAUAUAUUUUUCAGUUUUGUUUGGAGUAAUAUAUUUAUUAAGGAUGAAUUUUUGUUCUUAUUUUUUUAUUUCUUUUAAAUACUGUUUUAUACAGUGAUAUGUAAGUUUGGACUGACUAAACCUGUGAGCUUUGAGUUUGAAAAUAAAGAUAGAUUGAUGCAUUUCCAGUGAAUUAUUUAACAAGUGUAAACUGUAAAUGUUGUGUAUAAUUUAGGAUUAACCAAUGGUUUAAUCACUAAUGUUGUUUGUAGUUGGUACUUUUCAAACAAAUAGUAAGCUUUGCUUAUCAGUAAAUUUUAACAUGGUUGCAUGCAUGAAUUUACUGAUAAAUAAACACUGAUUUUCAUGUCAUAAUCUAACCAUAGUAAAAGUUCUCUUCAGAUGAUGUGUUGGCAGUUUGUUUAAGAGAAAUGAUU